UCUACCUUCAUCCAACACAAGAUUACACUGCACAGGGAGAUGGUGGGUAUCUUUUCUCUUUCCCCUCUAUUUUAACUUCCUUUAUGGCUGUCCCCCUAUCACCAGCAUCCAGCUCAGGUUGUGGGAGGGGAUCCAUGUGCGCUCGUAUUCUUGCAAGAGCAACUAGAAGGAACCCCGGGGCACAGUUGCAGUAGUAGUUGUCUUCUCUAAGGGGGCCCUGAAAAUAACAUGGACCGUAUGUACUAAGGGCCCCCAGGCCAACAAACUGAAACAAACGUAAGCACAAACUGGACCAUGGUGGCUGAGGAGGUUAUCAUCACCCUAUCCGGAGGAGCACCAUGGGGCUUCAGACUACAGGGAGGAAUCGAGCACCAGAAGCCUCUGCAGGUUGCCAAGGUGCGCAAGCGAAGUAAAGCAUGUCGUGCCGGACUGCGUGAGGGAGAUGAGCUGGUGUCCAUCAAUGAGAAUUUCUGUGGGAAUCUGUCGCAUGCCCAGGCCAUGAACCUGAUCGACAGCAUGCCAGGAACGCUACACAUCCGAGUUAGGAGGACACCGGCUGGCUUCCAGUCAGUGGUCCUGGUUGCUCGAGCUCCUUCUCCCCGCAUUGAUAAAGAGUACCGUGCUGCCAUUAGGGCCAUGUCUCCAUCCAGCUCCCAACCUCACCAGUCCAGUGAGCGGCAGAUCCUGAUAUCCCCAACCGCACGCAGUGGAUUGACCUCCCCACCGGGCAGUGAGGCCUACUACGGAGAAACAGACAGCGAUGCAGACGUGGCUGCUCAUGAGAGGCAACGCAAACCAAAACGACGUAGUCCAAGCAAUUCACCUGGCAAGGCAGGUCGAGCCUCACCGGAGGGAGCAGAGACUUCAGAAAUGAGUGGGUAUGACAGUGCCUCGGAUGCCCAAGUUUACAAUCUUUUGGGGCCUAAAGAAAGACAAGAUGCAUUGCCUGGUGUAACCCGCAGAGAAGUGAUUUACCAACCCCCUCCACAUGGAGCUUGGUCCUCUCAGACCUCCACCGAGACUUCAUCCAUGAGCGCAGAUGACCAAAACCCACGAGAAGGGCUAAUGGAAGAGGACAGUGGGUUCCAGGAGCCCACAAAUCUUCCCCCUCUGGUUUCUCCAGAAAGAGCCAAAGAAGCUCUUAUGUUGUGCUCUCGUACUCAGUUGGUGCCCAUGGUUGGGCCAGUUGACAAUCCAGUGGAUGAGGAACUCACAUUAACAUACAUGGAUAAAGCAAAACAAGCAAAAUUGAACCGUGGAGAUACAAUCGCGGACAAGCAGGUAAAAGAAGCUCGGUCCAAGUGCCGCACCAUCGCCUCACUACUGACAGAUGCACCCAACCCUCAUUCAAAGGGUGUUUUGAUGUUUAAAAAGCGCAGACAACGCUCCAAGAAAUACACACUGACAAGCUUUGGAAGUGUUGAUGAGGACAUGAGGCAGGACUCUCAGGAAGAGGAUGGCAUAUUUCCUGGCAGUGAAUCAGAAUUUGAUGAGGAAGGUUUCUCUGCUGCACCCGACCCCACAUGGGACAGUGACUACCUUGAGCUGCUGGAGAAAAGAUCUGCUUCCAGAGGUCAGGAAGGAGAAGGUGGUGCUCUGAGUCCUGGUUUGAGUGAUACAUCUGGGAAGGGGGCACAGUUGUUUGAGCAGCAGCGGAGAAGGGCUGAGGAACAUGCAAAGAAAAUAGAAGCUGCGCAAGAACAGUUACAAAGUCAAAUGCUGGGAAUUCCACUGAAAGAGACACCAGCAUCUCCUCAACUACAGACACCACAACCACAACAAGACCCAUUGACAAAGCCUAAUGUCCAGCCACCACCAGUUGCUCCGAAACCUGGCAGACUUUCAAAAACUCUACAUCAUGAGGUUCCACACGCAGAGAUGCAAAACAUGACACAGAUGGCCACACCUCAAGCCACUUCCACUGUCCCUGUUAUGGUAAAUGGAGAUACUUCAAACACAAUGGCACCAGACCCAGCUGUGUUUCCCAUAACUAGUCUCUCAGUACCUUCUGCAGAACCUGUGAUGCCUCCACAACCAGCUCCUCUACCUGAUCUCUCUUCAAGUUCUGUGUUAAACAGAACUGCCAGACCUUUUGCCCCAGGCUGUGUUACCAAUCGGGCAGCCACUGCUCCUGUUGUGUUUUGCCCUACAGUCAGUAAGAAGUCACCCAGACCUGUUUCAGUGGCUGUGGUUGCACAUCCAUUCUCUGCACCAUCAGAAGAGCAUGUAAUGAGUGUUAACCCGGCCUCCUUUGUUAGCCAAUUCACAAUGAGUCAAAUGAGUACCGAUGUCCCUCCUGAAGUGAUACCCACACAGCCCUUUAUGUCUGAAAAGUCUGUUCCUCCACCUGUAUCUGUGGAAUCAUAUUCUCAACCUACUCUUCACUGCUCCUCAGUGGAAAACAUCCAGGUUGCAUCAGUGCCACCUCCCAUAGUUCAAACCCAAGUACCUACCUAUCCUGUAGAAGCCAAAACAACUGUUCCACCAGCAAUCCCUGUUGACAACACAGUGACCGCUAUGGCUCCUGUUACAGCUCCCAUUACUCCUCGGGCCAUUGCAAUACCAUCCCAAACCUCUUCUAUUUUGACCUCUGCAGCUUCUGAGAUCUCUUUAACUGGAACUCCGGUGUCACCUGUAGUCUAUCAUGAAAAAUCCUUUUCCACCACUGGCCGCACUGGUAUUCUCCAAGAGGCCCGCCGACGUAGCACCUACAAGCCAAUGUUUAAGAUACCUGACAGUAAGAAAAACUCACCAAACCCUGAAUUAUUGUGUAUGGUGCAGAACCUAGAUGAAAGACCCAGACGUGGAUGUUAUGAACCGGAAAAUACUACUCACUACAUUGAUGACAAUAGGGCAAAGGUGCCACCGCCUGUGGCUCCUAAGCCAAGGGUCAUCCCAGAAAUGUCACAGAUCCCUCAGGCAGAGGGAAAAGGAGCGGAGCUUUUUGCUCGUAGACAGAGUCGCAUGGAUUGGUUUGUUGUAGACUCUCCACAUCUGCAGCAAGCACCACUACAACCCCAACAAUCCCAAUCAGUCAUAGACUUGAUCGAACCACAAAAAACCUCAACAACCCCAUCCCACUGGAAGUAUUCCCCUAAUGUUCGUGCUCCUCCACCGAUAGGUUACAACCCCUUGCUGUCUCCAUCCUGUCCAGUUGGGGUGCAGCGUGGGGGUGCCAAAGUGUCUGAGGGAAGUUCUAAAGGAAGUAAGGGUAGUUUUGGUGUCCCAAAAGAAGGUAUCAAAGCCUUGGACUUUAUGAGGAGGCAGCCUUACCAACUGAACCCUGCAAUGUUCAGUUUUGGUGGUGGCACUAGCACAAUGUCUUCUGUGUCCUCCUACCAGAGGCAGCAAAGGGAAGGCCACACUCUGACACCACCCAAGCAGAUCCCAGUAAAGGCUGCACGUGUGUAUGAAAUAAAACGAUUCUCCACUCCCACCCCAAUGUCAGCACCAACUCUCAACCCAACAGUGAUUGUUCCACGCUCACGGACCACACUUGGUGAGCACAUCUCUCGUUCUGACAUGACAUCCCCUCUACCUGAACCUGUACCUGAAUCAACUCCGGCACCUUCACGAGCCGCAGGCCUCCCAGAGCUCCCUAAAAUAUCAGCUGUGCCCAUCCCUCACCCCAUGCCAUACUCACCCCCAGCUCCCAUGUCAAGUAUGUCAAGCCUAAGCUACUCUGGGCUUCAAGCUGCCAAACAGUUUAAGAGUGCCCCUGAGUUAAGUUCCCUACCAGACCCAUUAAAAUCUCCAAUCCAAGUUCCCAAACCUCGUUUUAUUGCAACACGUGUUGGUAUUCAGCCCCGCGUCUGGAGGCCUGGAACCCUUCCUCACUGAUGAUGUUAAUUUACAUGUGGAAGAAGCUGAACCAUCUGCUUCUGUUGCAGACUCUAAAUUAAUACUUUUUAAAUAUGAUUUAAUAUAACUUGAAGAUGCAAAUAAAUUAUUUUCUAAAUUUCAGAUAUAAAAUAUACUGUGGAGAAUAUUUGUUGUUUUGAGAGUAUUUUUCAAAUAUCUGGAACAAUCCAGAAUUUCUGCUGAAUGUUCAACAACAUGUUUAAAACAUUCAGUGUUGUUAACAUGAAAUUUAUUUACUUAAUGCAUGUUCCUGUUCUUGUGAAAAAUUUAUAUAUGCUAUUCCAAAGAGAAAUAUUGUUUGGCUUUGUAAACAUCAAUCAAAGUGUAGCUUCCACUUCCUCUGAAAUGGCUCUGCCUUUUUCACUUAGAUGAUGUUAACCAAUAGUCAAAUAGCUACUUGGGCAUUGUUUUAGCAAACUUACAUUCAGACAGGCUCUCUAGUGGUGCAAAAUGCCCAGUUUUUUUAUCCAGUCAGUUCCUAAUGCAUAACAUCAAGAUGCAUCAUACAUUACACUGAUGGACUGGACUGAGGUAUUUUUAAAUAUUUUCCUUCAAAUUUCUCCAUUACGACAUACAUUUUUUUGGCACCAUUUAAAAUACUAAAGUGUAGUUGCUUUAUGGAUCUUGGGUGUAAACCUUGAUCUACUUGACAUGGAAAAAAUACCUAAGAAAAAAAGGCAAGCUGAGGCUUUGUUUUGUCGUAUGCUCUUAGGUUAAUCAGAAAUGAUAUAUCUCUUGGCAGAGCCUGCUCUGAACAGGUGCAUAAGGGUCACAGCCUAUUUGUAGGUGCAAAGUAAGCAGGGAACCAGGCUGGAUCCUUAAAAUGUGCUCUGACUGGAUUUUUGGUCUUUAUAUCUGACUAUUGAUAUAUUAAAAAGAUGAAAACUUAUUUUUAUAUAAAAACAUAUUUAAGUGGUCAAAUCAGUAAGUGUUGGAAAGGUACAGUGUUGAAGACGGUCCUAGAGAAAGGCUAUCUGAGCACUGACACAAAUCUGUCUCAUGAAGACAGUGUGAAAAGUGCAAAGCUAGCACUGUCCAGGAUUAUUAGAAGGUUAAUUAGCCAACUGGCUUUACUGGAAUUAGUCAGAAUACUCAUAGCAACAUGAAAUAUUUGAAUGGCUUGUGCAGCAGUGAGGCUGAUGAUUUCGGGAAUGGGUGGUUUACGAAUGUGUUCCCAAAGUCCUCAAACAUUGCAAUGUCUUAAGAGAGAAAAAAAUCUAGGGCUUGUAAUAUUAAGGGAACAAUGGAUAGAGGUUUAAGGAAGGAAAACAGUUUAUAUCAAUGUGAAUUAAAUAUACAGAUAUAUCAGAUAUACAGAGAGGAUUAUUAAAUAAUUCUUGUAGUACUGGCAGGUGAAAAUAUUUUAAUUUUAAAAGGUCUCCUAUUUGAAAAAAAAAAUACAUUUAGAAAUUGAAUAAGAAGUUGAUACAGAGUAGAUGCAAUGUUUAAAAUCUGAGCCACAGUUUUGUUUGUCUUUCCAAUUACUGUCAGCCAUGUUUAAAUCUUGAUUAUAUGGCGCUCUUAAUUUUGGCUGUACAAAUCAUUAGAUAAAUGUGUCUGUCUUGGUAAAAUCAACUUUGUGGUUAAUGUCUCUGGUAAUUUUGUUUGUGCAAUGCUUAUGAUGAGCUCAGCUAAAUUUUAGGAUUUAAGUGAUUCUAACCUAAAGUGUCUUUGUAUUUCUAACACAAUGAAUAGUUUCAAUAAAACUUACCUGAAAUUUCC